AGAGACGCUGCUCUGGCGUGAGCAGAGAGGCUAUCUGGCAUAUUUUGAAAGAUGGAGGGGGAGGGCCGUUUGUGUGUGAGGGGGUGUGCGCGUGUGUGUGUGAGGAAUGAGAGAGAAGAGUACUGAGCUGGGAGAAAUCUGUCAGAUUCAAACACACUCCGCUCUGUGUGAGCACGCCUGCCUUCCUGCCUGCCUGCCUGCCUGCGUGUGUGUGCGUGUGUGUGUGUGUAAGCGUAAGUGUGUGAUACGAAAAUAAAACAAGGGAUGAGAAGAGAAGAGCAGAGGAACAGCUAGAAAGAGGCAGAGGAGGACCACAAAGUAAGGCCCGUUCACCUAUGGAUCAGGGAACCCCCCCCCACCCUGGAACUCCAUGGACAAAUCGACCCUACUGAGAACCGUCUAUCAACCCUGAUGCCGACGCGCCGCUUGCAGCUGUAGAGCAAGAAGGCAAAAGAGGGAGGGAGGCCAACGGGGAAAGGUCAAAGAUUACAGGGCUGCAGCAGAAGCUGAGGUUGAGGAGCAAGGGCUUUGGGAGGGAAGGUCAAGGGUCGGCGGAUUAAAGAUGAUGACUUCACAUGGAAAGCUGAGGAGGGAGAAGGGCAGCCUGGCGGAGUACGAGUCACAAAUGAAGGACUUGCGGGCCCAACUGACAGACCAGAUAAAGAUUUUGGACUCCCAGGUGGAGGUGAAGCAGCAGCAGCUCUCAGACCUGUCUGAGUUUCUCAGGCGCCGAGGCGACAUCGAGACUGAAUAUGCAAGAGCCCUCGACAAACUAACCGAGAGGUUCACUCACAAGACUAAAAAGAAGGAGCAGUGGGGUCAGUCUGUGUGUCAGGUCUGGUCCGUUCUGCUGACUCAGACCCGUCUGGAGAGCCGGGAGCACGCGGCGCUGGGGGACACCUGCUUCAACACGCUCACAUUGAACCUGACACACAGUGCCGAGGACGCACACCGGCUGCACAAAAAGAGCAAAGAGGUGGGAAUCCAGAUGCAGGACGAGCUGCUAAAGGUCACCACCGAACUGCAGACGGCUCUAAAGACCUACAACCAGUACCACACAGACUGCCUGAUAGCUGAGGGAAAACUGAAGGAAGCCGAGCGUCUGGAAGAAAGGCACACUGGGAAGUCGGCCGAGCUCGGCCCCGGCCAACUGGCAGGGCAGAGGCGGAGCUCCGUCAAGAAGAUGGAACGGUUGAUGGAGAAGAGACAUGGAAAAAUGCAGGAGACCCAGCUGAAGUGUACAAAGGCACGGAAUGACUACCUGUUGAACCUAGCUGCAGCUAAUGCAGCCAUGAACAAAUACUAUCUGCAGGAUGUCAGCACUCUCAUUGACUGCUGUGACCUUGGUUUCCAUCUGUCCAUUGAGAGAGUGAUGAAGUGCUACCUGGCCAGCAGGUGGCGCAUUCAGAAGACGGAGGAGACGGGACUGAAGCAGCUGGAAACUGCUGUGACAUCCCUGGACCAGAGUGGAGACAGGGAUGGGUUGCUACAGCAACAUGAUUCCGCCUUCUGCCUUCCGUUCAGAUUCAACUAUCACCCACACGAGGGUGACCAGGUGUGCGAGGUGAGUGCAGAGAGCCAGGUGAGGUAUGAGCUCGAAACCAGGUUCCAGCAGCUUCAGUCUCGACUCGCCUCCGUCACCUUGGAAACAGAGGAGAUCAGUAAAACGCUUAAAGCCACGCUUGCUGCCCUGCUGGACUCCAUGUGUGACAGCGAGUGCAACCCCUCCCCCGACGUGUCCGCCAGCCUAUCACACGAGCCGCCCGGAGGAAUCACAACCACGGCGAAACUCUCCCUCGCCAAGCGUCGAGCCAAUCUGCAGGAGACAGAGACUUACUACUUAACAAAAGUAAAAGAAUUCCUCAACAGCAGCUCUCUGGCCUCCAAACUUCAAGCCAAACACGAUCUUCUACAAGAUGCCAUACAGAAAGCAGAAGCCGUGGACAGCGACCCCUCCAGAAUGCAAUGUACUACUCGGUCAAUCCGGGUUCGGAAGUCCAGGCCAGUUUCCCAAUUCUGCCACACACUCUUCACCACAGACAUACUCUCCUACAUAGAGAGCUCUGGGCAGCAGAUUCCUGUGGUGGUUGAGAGCUGCAUUCGUUUCAUAAACCUUCAUGGCCUCCACCAUGAAGGAAUUUUCAGAGUCCCUGGCUCCCAGAGGGAGGUGAACCUCAUCAGAGAUGCAUUUGAGAGAGGGGAGGAUCCUCUGUCAGACAGUGAGUGUGACCUGGACUCUGUGGCCGGCGUGCUGAAACUGUACUUCAGGGGGCUUGAGCCUCCUCUGUUCCCCUACGAAAGCUACUCUCCGCUGCUGGAAUGUGUCCAAAUCGAAGAUGAGACUGAGAAAGCUGCCCAGAUUAGAGUCGUUUUUUCUACUUUCCCACGGCCUCUCCUCAUCGUGAUGCGAUACCUUUUCGCUUUCCUCAACCACGUGUCUCAGUACAGCGAUGAGAACAUGAUGCAGCCCUACAACUUGGCUGUUUGCUUCGGUCCGAGCCUGCUGAGGGGGAUGGAGUCUGACGACGCCGUUGCUAUGCAACCACAGGUCAAUGAUCUUGUUAAAACCAUGAUCCUUCAGCAUGACAGCAUCUUCCCCGGCCAAUCAGAACUGCCAGGUCCGGUCUACGAGAAGCACAUGACACUGGAGCAGGAGUACUGUGAACCAAUCACAGAGGAGGGAGACGGAGAGACCGAGCAUCUGCCCAGUGAGGACGAGUGGGAAGCAGUAGCUUUGUUUGACUACGUGGCCAGAUCUCCAGCAGAGCUUUCCUUCAAGCAGGGAGAUCCUAUUGUCCUUUACAGCAAGGCCUCGUGUGAUUGGUGGAGAGGCGAAGUUGGAGGAGUUAAGGGCCUAGUCCCACACAAGUACAUCAGCAUACUUGACGUGUCGGAGCGAGGGAAAAGAGAAGAAGGUAGAGUAGGCGGAGGCAGCACUGGAAACCUAUCAGCAGAAGAUCCACAUACGGAAAACACAACAAGGAUGCGGGUAAACAGCGAUAGUGCUUCGUUGCCAGGGAGACAGAGAGGAAGUGAGGGGAGCCCGAGUCGAAAACCACAAGCUUCUCCUGCCACAAGACAACAAAUACCAGUGUCUCAGGAACGGAGACACACUUUGGACACCGUAAGGCAGGCCAGCUGCAGAAUCCCAGACAAGCCUCCAUUUGUUACAGCAGAAAGACCAGCAGUUGACAAGGACAUGAUUAGCCGGCAGAUGAACUCUGUCUUUAAGGAGCUCCUGUCCCGUCAGCCUCCCGUGCCAUCGUCUCCCUUCCCCCCUUCUGUCUCCGCUACUCCUUCCUCCUCCUCGUCUUCCUCGAUUGCUCCAGCCGCCCCCACGGCUAAGAAAGUAUUCGGCCUGAGAAGGGCAGGCCCUUUUCAGUCCGGACUGAGAUGAAAGCAUGAAGAACUGUGGAAUUAUAGGUUCAUUGUUUGAAAGUGAAGAUCUUGAAUUUUUCCCCCCUUUUUUCUGUUUUAUGGACAACAAUAAUUGCGUGUGCCAUAUCAUAGUGCCACUAGUCUUGGUGCCGUGUAGGUGUAUGUCCAGUGUGUCUGUUUUUUCAACUGGUUUUUGUUCAACUUUGUUUUGCUCUCCUGACUUUUGCACCUUUUUUUUUUUUUUGAGAAUCAGGGAUGUGGAUUCACCAGUGAUAUCACCAGAAAAACUGCUUGGUACGGUACUGAGUGUACAUAAACAACAAGAAAAUACUUAAGCUGCCCCCUAGUGGCAGGUCUGAGAUCAGCACCCCCUAAUGAUUUGCUCUAGAAAACUGAUCUGGGUCCUGUGCCUAGGAGUGCCUUCGCGCCUUUUUUUGACGUUUUUCACUUGAAAACACCAGAUAAGUUUAGACUUUGUUUAUGAAAUUAGAAUGUGUACCGGUAUGAUGUCAGCCCAAAAGUGUUCCGAAUGAUUAAAAAAAAACAACAACAUUAGAAACAGAAGUCAUUUGAAACUUUGCCAACAACUUUAUCACUUUUUCAUAGUACAUUAAUGAUUACCUUUUAAAAUUAAUUUAAAACUAUCUUUAGUCCUUCAUGACUUAUUGCUGGUAAGCCAUUGGGCUCAUGCUGCUUUUGCGUAACUUCGGUUUUAAAUGGUGCCUUCAAAUGGAGCCAUGCCUGUGGUAUUCUCAAGUUAUUUUAUUUCUACACAAUAUUUUUCUAAAAUGUGUUUAGGAAUGAAGUCAUGCAAAAUUUAGUGAAACUGUUACAAAAAACAGUAAAGUUUAGCUUUAAGAGAUAGAACACAUAAAAGUGUGGACAGACACAAAUGUCAACCAGACCUGAGCAGUUCUUCCAUUGAGAAAAAGGUAUUCUUAUAAACUUUUUUUUUUUUUUCCAAAUGUUGGGUUUAUACUUUUAAUCAUUUCUUUUGAUAGACAAGAGAACAGGUUGAGGCAUGUACUAGCUAAUAAGGAUGUGAUAUUAAAAAUUAGAAUUGUUCUUGUUGCUACUGAAAAACCUACAAAAUCAAUUUAAUGUAAGGAAAUUUUUCACCUGAAUACCUUUUGCCAAGUUCAUGUGAUUUUCUGCUCCUUGUAUAGUAAAAUGUUAUCCAGCUCAAUUUCUGGAGUCAAACUUGCAUGCUUUGAUUGUGAACUCACUAGAUUCGUAUUAAUGCAAGUUAAUGGUUUCCCACUUUGCUUAACUCAACCAGUUAGCUCCUGUAAACCAGUACAUGAUACUAAAAACCAAAACGUUAAAUAAACCCACUGGAUUUGCCAAUAAAUACAGGACACAGGCAGUACCAUUCUUAUUCUUUUAAUCUGUACUUUACAGUAAACAAGCAGCUACUGUUGCACAAGCUAGGCUAGCAACGUUAAUGGUAAAGCAAAGUGUAGAAUCAACAAUAAUAACUAGCAUACUUGGCUUUAAAAUUAUAAACAUUAUUGUAUUCUUUAGAGCAUUUUUAUCAUAAGCUAAUGCAAAAGUAGGUAGCUAGCUAGCUAGCUACAGUUACCUUGUUGUUAGCAUAGUAUCGUUACAUUUUAGCUGUGCAGUUCCCCUUGCAUUACAUUCAAAUCAAGUUUAGAAUCUAAAAUAUUUUUUGCAGCAUUACUCGAUGGGGUACGCAAAUAAAAGGGAUUUGUUUUAUUCCUGUUGCUAAUAGCAAAGAUUUUGUUUGCGACUACUGGGUUUGCUAAAUUAGGAAGCUAACACUGGGGGCUGACCACACUACUGUCAUUUAACAUCAGCUACGUAGUGCAUCACAAAUUAUUUUACGUAUUUUAUUCAAAUCAAACGCUGUUGAUAGCGUUGUUCUUUAAGGUUCCAUUUUAUAACGAGGAGAACAAUAUUGUUUUUACAUACUGUGGAACAUACAGACUGAAAACACAUUCCCCUCUAUAUGUGAUGAAAGGCCUAAAUAUGAGGCCAAAACUCAGGGCUUUUGCAGUUAAAGAUGAGCUAACUCAGAUUUAGCUUUGAUAGAAUAAGUAUGAGUUUCUCUCUCAGGUCUUUGGUUGACUUAUGGUGACUUCCAUUUGAGCUUCAAAGUCGGAUUUACUUCGUUACCCAACACCCUCUGGAACACCCUCUGUUUUGGUUGGGAUUCUGAUGGGAAUUCGUUGAAAUCUAACAGCUCCCAAAUACAAUGUCCAGGAAGGGAGCUCUGUGCAUGAAAAUGAGGGAACACUGAUUUAUUUACUAGGGUUACUUAUGUUCAUAAACAUCUUUUACAGACUAUUGACCAGUUUUUUUCUUGCCGUCCUAGCAUUACCUAAAAUGUUUACCUUACAUGGCUUGCAAACGCCAUUGGUUUUUCAGGCUUGUUUGGCUUACUGUGGAGUCAAGUCAGAUGUUUUGCCUUUAUCUGCCAUCUCUUCCAACCUUCAAGUCAAAUGGAAUGCACUGUUACCCUUCAACUUGAAACUGUGCCCCUUGCCUGAAGAGCCAAAAUGGUCCCUAUAUCAGAGGUGUCAGUGACUUGCUCUGGUUUAAACUGUGAAACCAAUAUUGGCAUCUUGGAGCCAUAAUACAAACUUGUUUUUUUUCUUUCAUCUACCACUCUUUUUGAUCCCUGUUGGCAUUUAAAACAGUCUAAUGCACUGGUCCAAUUCUAGCGUACUUCUGAAUUUGAUUUUUAAAAAAUAUGUAAUUGAAUCAUUUUUACAUGUGUAAUUUCUUCAUUGUCCUUUUACACUCAUGUAAAAAUAGAAGUAGAGUCUUUGUUUUGAAAUGAUUCUUCUUCUGUGGUUAAAACAUCUUGAUAUUUUGGAUCACUGUUUGAUGAUGUUAUUAAGUUUACUGUGUUCAACUGUAUAUGUGGGUAAGAAUUAUGAAUACAAUAAAGACGACAAAGAAAUUGA